UUCGGCCGGCGCCGGGGCCGCGUGCACCUGGCUCUGCAGACCGACCCGCGCGCGCCGCCGGCGCUCAUGGUGGAGCUGGCCGCGUACUCCACCGGCGCGCUCGUCAGGGAGAUGUCCUCCGGCCUCGUCCGCAUCGCCCUCGAGUGCGAGAAAACGCCUGCACACAACACAGGCGGCGAGAGGCGGCGGACGGCGCUGGUGGAGGAGCCGACGUGGCGAGCGUACUGCAACGGGCGCAAGUGCGGGUACGCCGUGCGGAGGGAGUGCGGCGCGGAGGAGUGGCGGCUGCUCCGAGCCGUCGAGCCCGUCUCCGUCGGCGCUGGCGUCGUCCCGGACGGCGGCGCCGGCGAGGGGGACCUGAUGUACAUGAGGGCCAGGUUCGAGAGGGUGGUGGGAUCCAGGGACUCUGAAGCGUUCUACAUGAUAAACCCCGACGGCAACGGUGGGCCCGAGCUCAGCAUCUACCUCCUCAGAGUCUGACAAUAUCCUAUGUUUUUCAUUCCAUGGGUUAACCCUAAAAAAAGUUAUGCGUUUUUCUUUUUGCGGUAAUAAGUUAAGCGUGUAUGUUUGAUUCUUGGUUAUGUGAAACUGGCGGUCUGUUGAUGCACUGACAAUAUUCUCA